UGACGUUCCCAAACCUUCCGUACUACGUCGACGACGACGUAAGGCUGACCCAGAGCUUGGCCAUACUCCGUUACCUGGGAAGAAAGCAUGACCUGGUGGCCCGGAACGACAAGGAGACCACAGAAUUGGACGUCAUCGAGCAGCAGGCGCGAGAUCUGUGUCUCUUUCUGGCCUACGUGGCUGAACCAGAUACGAAGCUCGAGCACGGUGUCGAAUCGCACGCCAAGAAGCUGGACGAGGUCCUGGGUCCCUGGGACGACUUCCUCGCCUGCCGGAAGUGGACAUUGGGGGGGCAGGCUAACGUACGUGGACUUCCUGCUCUACGAAGGGCUCGACUGGCACCGAGAGUUCAAAGCGGAGACCUUGCAGCGGUACCCGCACAUUGUAGAGUACCUGAAGAGGUUCGAAGAACUGCCAAACAUAAAGGAGUACUUCGCCUCGGGCCGGCACAAGAAGUGGCCCAUCUCGAGCCACCUCAGGAAAUGGGGCUUUAAGAAGCCAUCCGAAGGACAUGAGUAGGUGUUGCUGCUGCUAUUUGCUGGAAAAACAUCAUUUGUUGUGCAACCCGCAAUACAUCGGCAGUGAUAGCCGAUACAAACCAUGUGGCUGAAGAAAAUGGAAGUUCGAUUCGUCUGUGACCUGUGUUUGUUCAUCUUGUCACUUUAGACUACAGGGAGCACACCGCUAGCACUAUUAGUGUGUUUGUUAUUUUCACUGUUCGUCGAACACGUCAAAUAGGGGCGGCCAGGACAACUUUAGCUUUUCGAGAAUCCUCAGUAUCGAACGCUCGGAUGGACGAAUGAACAGGCAGUUGAACAGAAGGACAGCAUAUUAAUGAAGUAUACCGUGGAAAGUAAUAUUUUACAGCAAAGCGAAUUUCGCAGUAACAAAGUUUCAGCAUGCAUUAGUCUUCGGUCGCGAUGGCGGCAUCUAUCUAAGCGCUUCGCUCCCUUUGGCAGGAACAUUCCAUGUCAGGCCUUGUGGUAAAACGUAGGUAUAGUUCAACUACUGCAGAAGACAAAAAGGAAAAUUACAUAAUAUUGCAAGUUAAAAACAUCUCGCACGCGAUGCGAACUACGGACUUCCCAACCCCGAUUUACACGAGCGCUGGACACCGUAACCGCUACAUCACGGGAGACGAACGAAGAGCAGGUUUAUUCCCGAGUAUUUAUGCACUGUAAAUAGAACUGUAUAACGCUAUACACUUCUGUCUAUAGACAUUGUGCACAUAUUUUUCUACAAACGUGAAUUUUCAUUAAUCUAUAGACAGUCUAUAGUGUGUCUAUAGACUCAUACAUUUUAUAGACUAGUCUACAAAAAGUGUAAGGCCUUAAGUCCAUAGAGACGGUCUAUAGACAAUCCCUGCAGACUAGUCUAUAGCUAAUCCAUGGACUUUAGCCUCACACUAUUUGUCGACUGUUGUCGAUACAGGGUGUCCCAGUUGUAGACCUGUAGGUCUUCUUAUAAAAGUAUAUCUUGCACCGU